UUCUAUCUUGUUCAAUAUUAGCGGUCGACAAGGAUUAUCGCAAUGAGCACGAGACGUGGACGAGCCGUCCCCACCAGAGAUCAAGCGGCAAAGACACCGACCACCACUAAGCGAAAGUCACGCGACGAGGAAGAGAAAUCGCCCGCCAAGAAGAAAGCGAAGACCCUCCAGACAGACGAUGCUGACAUGGCAACCCGUAUAGUUGCCACAGUAACGAGGCAUCUUCGCCAAGCAGCGGAUCCGAAGCGAGCGCCGGCCAUGGCCAAAUACAUGCGGAAUCAGUUCGCAUUCUACGGCAUCGCGAGUCCGGAGCUGAAAAGCGCUUUCAAAGAUAUCCUUGCAGAAAUUCCCAUAAUUACGAUCUCGGCAAAUCUCAGGGGUUUAAUGCUAUCCCUGUGGAAUGAACCCGAACGAGAGUGCCAUCAUAUUGCCUUGAAAUUCGGCGAGAAGUACCGCAACUUGCUCGGAAGCACGGCCGGGGAGUGUCGCGAAUCGGCGAGCUGCCUGGAGACUUUGAUAACUACCAAGAGCUGGUGGGAUACUGUGGACACCAUUUCACCAAAUCUGGUCGGGUAUCUAGCCACGGAAAAACCCACUGUAAUGAACCCGAUCCUAGACACUUGGAUAACACACUCCAACAUGUGGUUACGUCGGGCUGCUAUACUUCAUCAGCUGAAAUACAAGCACAACACCGACCAGGACAAAUUAUUCAGAUACUGCCUGUUAUGUUGUCAUGAGAAGGAAUUCUUCAUCCAGAAAUCCAUAGGAUGGGCUUUACGCAACCACUUCCGUAUUGCCCCUCAGGCCGUCAAAGACUUCGUGAAGGAGAACGAGGACAAGCUUGCUCCGCUGAGCAAACGAGAGGCUCUCAAGCAUGCCUGAAGAACACCAUGGCAGCUUUCAGGAAUUCACAAUCACUGAUUCUAUUCUUGCAAAAUGGGUACUAUUUAAAAUUGUGGCACUGAACUCUAGAAAGAUUGCCCAAAACUUUCAGAGUCUAUGCAAAGAAAACCUUGCUUCAAUUAGCAAACAUGAGGUUGUCAUAUAGAGCAUUCUUAAUUUGGAUCUUUAUGGCAAAAUAAAUAUGAUUUUGGUUUUCUCUCCAGUUGAAUAACCAUUAACCCUGACUCCCUUAGAAGCUCUCUUGCCCAGAAGCAGCCUGAAUCCUUCAAUAUCCUCCAAUGGCAAAGAUUUAAAAACAGAAGCACCUGAAUCCUUCAAAAUCAUCCACUUUUUGUCACUGGAGGCCUCUGCCUGGAUCCUUCGAAAUGCUCCACUGGGUUUGUUGAUGGCAUGUUAUCACAUAAUCGGAUUUCAAUGCUCUUAUGAGUUCAUAAGCCUGUGUAACUUAUUGAAAUCCUCCAUUGUCAUCCUGUUUGUGGAUUGGCAAUGUCAUGGCCCUACUAAUUGGAGAAAAGAGGCUGUACAAUAAACAGUGGUAUAAGUGCUGGAUACCUGCCCAAGUAUACAUGUAUAAAGCAAGUAACAGCCUGAAUGCUCCAAAAUCAUUUUUUGGCAAAUCCAGCCAGAGUCUCAAUCCUCGACUCCAGUUUCAUCAAGCAUCAUAUUGGGCCUAAUGACCUGGAUCCUCCAUUAUCCUCCAGAGGCAAAAUCCUGUUAUGCCCUCAACCCUGUAAAAUCCUCCAGUACUUCGAUUUUCAAAGGCCCUCGAACCCUUUGAAAUCCUCCAUUAUGUAAAGAGGAUUUUGGAGGAAUUGGAAAGGUGUUCCAAACAUUUGGUAACCGUUUCACAAACUGGAAGAGUGAGCUGAAAUAUACAAAUUGUGCAAAGUAAGACCGGCUGAGGUUUCAAUCCUAGCGGUAUCUUUCUCAAAAGCCUUUUGAGAGAGAUUUUAGCCUCUACAUUCUGCAGAGACAUCAGGACUACUGUUUUGACUAUAAAUUUAUGAACAUCUAGGCAUACCAACUUUAUUGUCUUCCCAAGUGAUUACACAGUCAUAGAAAAUGUAAAAGAAGGUAAAACAUCACUGAAAGAAAGUUGAUUAUAUAAUACAUGUAUUUUAUUUCGGUUCAAAAGCUGGGUACAGCCCCUUACCCAAAGUAUCCAAGUUUGCAUAAAAAAUCCCCUGAAUUUCAUAUAAUUCUGGUACAUAUUGAACUUUUGUGAUCUUCCAAUGCUCAAAAUGUUACACUACAUUUACUUUUAUCAUUACAGAAAUCUUACCAUUACAUGAAACUGUUAAUUACACAGUAAAGUGAUUACUUGAUGGUUAACAGACCUUUGUUCUUAACCAGUUCACGUCGGAUGACGUGUAUACACACGCAAAGGUUUUGCGGUAUUCGGAACGGAUGAUGGAUAAACACGCAGCGA